AUGAGCGAACGACUUUGUGGUUGUCAUGCAGUGACCGGUGCAGGAGUGGUUACCAGUUUACAGCUCAUUCUUCUUGUGCUUACUUUAUCCUCAACUGGUAUGGUACUAGCACGUUAUCGAGUUUGGGAAAGUUAUGAACCGCGUGGAGCUUUAAAUGCUACCGAGAUAGCUGCCGCUGAAAAAGAGGGAAAAACCCUGAAGACGGCACCCGGUCGAUGGUCGAAAGCGAUUCUCGAAUUGGUCAUGGCAUGGUAUGUUGGUUUCGGAACGUACUGGAUGUUUUCGAUCCUUAUACUUGCGCUGUCGUUCAAGUACUAUCGACCUGUUUUUGUGAUUCCCAACUUUACUGCAUUAGUUUUUGGAUGUUUCAUGAAUUUGUUAGCCUUUGCAGAUGAUUUCAUUUUUCAAGGGACGAUGUUAGGCCGAAUCCUGGACUCUUCCAAGAACUACCAAACCAACGACUACGAAGAAGCGAUAAUGUGCGUGAUAAUGGGUCUGCUGUUGUUGGCGUUUGUGGCCUGUCUUUUCUUCAUCAUAUUCAUCUUCAACUACCACAAAUUUCUUCGUUUACGAUAUGGACAUCAAGUUCCUCGAGCAACCUAUCCAACUAUUCAUCGCAUUAAAGUCAAUACAUACAAAACUUCUACUACUGUUAUUUUCAUUAGCCGGAAAAUGUCCUCCUGCAGCGGCAAAUUUAAAGAGAUGUACUCGCUCUUCGUGUUCCUCUUUUUCAUUCCUUCCGUCGAAAUGGAAACGCCAACAGCGUCAAUUUCGUCUCAUGUGCUCGAUAUUGCGCUUGGACGCCCGGCUGAAGGUGUGAACAUCCACGCGUACGUCGAAGAGAAUGGUGCUUGGAAACUUGUGGGCAGCACGAUCCACAGAGGAUUUGAAGAUUUUCGACGAAACUUGAAUAUUUCCUGGUUCCUUGUAUUUUUCGCAAUAAAAUGCUACCAAUUCACUACAAUCUUCGGGUUCUAUUUCAGUACAACAACAUCAAAUGGUCGUGUGCCAUGGGUGACGCCGAAUGUGCCGCUAAUCGUAACAAACUACAAACUCACCUUUAUGACUGGUGAUUACUAUAAGAAAAUGAAUAUGACAACAUUUUAUCCUUCGGUUGAGGUUAUAUUCCACAUUGCCAAUGCAACCCAGCACUAUCACGUCCCACUAACACUCAGUCCAUAUGGUUACUCGACUUAUAGAGGAUCCUAG